AGGACCUCCCCUUUAAGUUACCUGCAGCCACACCUGAACUGCGCUUCCUCUAACAUUUCAUAACAUCGGGAGAACGGCCGAACCGAACCAAAGCCGGGUCCAGAACGGACAGCGAACCGGAGAGUGUCUGUGAAUCUUUGAUCUGCUGUUGACCUUCUGGCUACGCUGCAUGAUGGAUGACAGAGGCAGAGGGGAGACAAACCCAGGAGAGGAGAAGGUUGUGACAUCUUCAAGAGCCUGCACCCCACAGCGGGCAGACAGACGGGCAGAUGGACUGAGAGGUAAAGGUGACCGGAAGAGCAUCAGGUCUGACACCUCCAUCCAUGAGGCGUCCAGCUGUACAGAGAGUGAGAGAGCGUUGGGGGCUGACGGCAAGGCCAGACAGGAAAGGCCAGAACUUCCAGGUGAAGGAAUGCCUCUGAAAACCUACCUGCAGAAAGAAGAGAACCUCGGAGAGAACCGCCUGCCAGAGAAAGCGGCUCAGGUGUUCAGUCCUGCGGUGACCGUCCCACCCUCGCACUCAGCACCCAAGGAUGAAGUGGCAUGCUGGGAAAUAGAGUCUGAGAAAAGUCCCUUCCUAAACUACACAGGAGUGGACUACGACCAGCAUGGCUUCCAGUAUGAAUGGACUGAGACCAGAGCACCUACCAAAUGUGGCCUGUGUUGUUCCAGCAGAGACAUUUUAAAGGUGGGCGUGUCCUUGAUGAUGUCAGCACUCAUCUUCCCUGUCCUGGUGUGGGGUGGGUUUGUUUUCCUGCCCUUUGAUGCCCCUCUUCUAGACAGCGCACCCCUCAGGCUGGUCUACACACUGCGCUGCUCUGUGUUUGCUGCUGCCCCUAUUGUUCUUGGUUGGCUGGUUCUGGGUAUCAGUCGGCUCAAGUCAGCCUCGACCCCAACUUUGUUUGAUGAGAAUCUGAAAGAGGCAGAGUGUAAGGAGGUUGCUGUGCACCAGCGCUUCAUCACAGACUCCGCCUCCCUGUUCCUGAUCUACUUCCUUCAGAUGGUUGUCAUGGCGAUGUACCUAACCCAGGAGCAGCUGAAGCUCAUCCCUCUGCUGACUAUUGUUUUUGCCUUUGGACGGCUUGUCUACUGGGGGGCGGCAGCCUUUGGUAGCAGCAUCCGGGGUUUUGGUUUUGGCCUGUCCUUCCUGCCAGGAGUCGUCAUGAUGGCUGCAAACUUCUAUUUCAUCUUCUUGGUGGAGGCAGAUGGCUCCAUCUUCAGUGCUCAGGUUCCCCCUGUAGAGGUGCUGCCCCCGCCCUCUGGCAAACAGAGGUUCUGGGGCUGAGUUCUGCUUUCUGAGCAACACAGCAUCUGACUUGUAAACCAAACCAUUCGGUUUGAAUGUUUAGUACAGGUUUAGGGUCGCCUCCACCUUCUUCAGAUAAGUCAUUUUGUUUAAGGUUAUAUGAUUUAGUUAUUGUUCUGCUACUUGUUUUUUAAGCUUUAAUUACUUUUGUAAAAAUGGUUUUAGAAUCCUGAAAUAUUUGAAAACUGCAUUUAUUUUUCUUGGUUUCCCAAUAAAACUGUAAAACUUU